CUCCUCUCCCCUCCCUCUCUAGCCGCCGCUUGCAGAACCGCAGUGGUGGCGAAGACGAAUGACCCUCGCACCCUAGCUGGAAAUCAUGUCCGUGUACAUAGUUCUCCCCCCUCCGCACACUUUUUGCGUUUUCGCUUCCGAUUUCCAUUCACUGACUGUUACUGCGUCCUUUUUCCGCACGGUCACGAUGCUCUUCAGAUUUGCCAGGGGGGCUUUUUAUAACUAAAAAGCAGCAAUGCCGGGGGAAAUACGAGAAAACCGUUAGAGCUUUAAUAUCAGCUGUAUUUUUCAUCGUCAUCCGCAGUUCAUCUUUGAUCCCCCUCCCCAUUAUACACUGUUCAUUCCUCGCACUUCAUGUCAUUCCUGGGGACUAUGUGAACAUCAUGCUGGCGAUGCGGUGUCUGGUGUUUGCUGCAGUGAGUGCACGCUUUGCCGUGACAGCCUGGAGCGUCCCCGUGGUGGCGGAUGAGGGGGCAUGGCAAUGGCCAGCGCCGAAGGACCACGGGGACCGGACCGGUUCCGAAGAGGAGGUCACCAAACCCAAGCGGCUCCUGCAGCAGAUCGAUUCAGAUGGAGAAGUUAUUCACAGCCGUCUGGACACCAGGGUGAAAAAUACCACGGAGGGGGCACAGGCUCAGCCCCUCCAUCUGGCCCAGAGCAGUUUCCUGGUGGAAGCCUUUGGGACCUCCUUCAUCUUGGACCUGGAGUUAAACCACAACCUCCUGUCUUCGGAUUAUGUGGAGAGACACUUUGACAAAGAUGGAAAGCCGUCACAGACCUUGGGGGGGGAGCACUGUUACUACCACGGGCGGGUGAGGGACGUGUCGAGUUCCUGGGCGGCUCUCUCCACCUGCCACGGCCUCCAGGGCAUGUUCUCUGAUGGGAAUUUCUCCUAUGGAAUCAAGCCCGUUCUCCACAGUGGUGAUCAGAAGGAGGAUGCCCAUCUGGUGCACCGGAUGCCCCCCCUGGAGCUGCCACCCUUCUGUCCAGGAUGCACACACAACAGCAGUGACACGGGCGAGGACGGGGACAUCAAUGGUGACGCCAGCCCGGAAUCGGGGGAGCCCACGUUUAGCGAGGGGCUGAGGCGCUCCAAAAGACAAGUGCGUCGGACUCAGCAUACAGUUCAAACUGAAACUAAGUACAUUGAGCUGAUGGUGGUCAAUGACCAUGACCUGUUCCUGCAGCUUCGCAGUUCCACCUCUCAGACCAGGAACUUCGCUAAGGCCGUGGUCAACAUGGCCGAUGCUAUCUACAAGGAACAGCUGAACACCAGGAUAGUUUUGGUUGCCAUGGAAACCUGGUCAUCACAGAAUAUGGUUUCUGUUGGCAAUGACCCCCUCCUGACCCUGCGUGACUUUAUGAAGUACAGAAAAGAGAGCAUCAAAGAGCACAGUGACGCCACUCACCUACUCUCAGGGCGCACCUUCCAGAGCAGCCGCAGUGAGACAGCCUACAUUGGCGGCAUCUGUUCCAUCACUCGAGGUGGAGGCGUCAAUGAGUAUGGCAAUGUGGGCCCUAUGGCCAUCACUCUGUGCCAGAGCCUGGGCCAGAACAUCGGAAUGAUGUGGAACAAGGACCAGACCACCGCAGCCGACUGCAGGUGCCCUGACGCCUGGCUCGGAUGCAUCAUGGAGGACACUGGGUAUUACUUGCCCCGCAAGUUUUCUCACUGCAGCGUGGAAGAGUACAUUCGCUUCCUGCAGCAAGGGGGCGGCAGCUGCCUCUUCAACAAGCCCAACAAGCUGCUGGACCCCCCCGAGUGUGGGAAUGGUUUCGUGGAAACGGGUGAGGAGUGCGACUGUGGCUCUCAGGUGGAGUGUGCACGCAGGGGGGGGGCUUGCUGUAAGAAGUGCACUCUGACACAUGACGCCAUGUGCAGCAACGGCCUGUGCUGCCGCGGCUGCAGGUACGAGUUAAGAGGAGUGGUCUGUCGAGAGCCGGUCAAUGACUGCGACGUCCCAGAGAUGUGCACUGGAGACUCUAGCCAGUGUCCUCACAAUGUUCACAAGCUGGAUGGGUACUUUUGUGACAACAGCCAGGGCCGCUGUUAUGGAGGCCACUGCAAGACUCUGGAUGCACAGUGUAGAAGCCUGUGGGGCCACAACUCUGCCGACCGCUUCUGCUAUGAGAAGCUGAACAGCGAAGGCACAGAGAAGGGAAACUGUGGUCGCGAUGCCAGCAGCCAGGCCUGGGUGCCAUGCAACAAACAGGAUGUGCUUUGCGGAUUGCUGCUCUGCUCCAACAUGACCGUGAAGCCGAAAGUGGGGGAGGUGCAGGGCGAGGUCACCAGCCUGACCAUCUACCACCAGAACAAGUACAUGGCCUGCCGGGGUGGUCAUGCCAUGCUUGAAGAUGGGUCAGAUCUGGGCUAUGUGGAGGACGGCACACCCUGCGGGCCCAGCAUGAUGUGCUUGGACCGCCGCUGCCUCCCCUUGGCUGCCUUCAAUCUCAGCACCUGUCCCGGUUCUUCCCCAUCGUCCUCCCGUAUCUGCUCACACCAUGGGACUUGCAGUAAUGAAGUAAAAUGUAUCUGCGACCGCGACUACACUGGGAAGGACUGCAGCGUUUAUGACCCCAUUCCCGACCCCAAACCCCCGGAUGGCUUUGAGAAAUACAAAGGUCCCAGUGGCACCAAUAUCAUAAUAGGGUCCAUUGCGGGUGCAAUUCUCCUGGCAGCUAUAGUCCUGGGGGGGACAGGAUGGGGAUUUAAAAACAUCCGGAGAGGAAGAUCUGGUGGUGGUUAGGCUUACGGUCUCUCAGUUGCUCUUUUUCUGCACUGUGUCCUUUUCACUGAGGAGGAAUUAAGAAGAAAAAGUCUUCCACUCAUCGCUGUACUCCUGCACCUUGAGUGACCUGUCCAGUUAUUCCACCCUUCUGUAAUCUCCUCCGUUCCAGCCUAUCUCCACACGCAUCUUCCUCCUCUCAUGAUCAACAACCAGGCAUUCCAGCGAGAACCAACUGCCAGUCGUUUCUUCAAGCACAAUUCAGAUCUCCAAAAAAACUUGUUAUCCGAAAAGCGGACUUCCAGUGGCAAGAAGGAUUUCUUCCAGUGUCCCAAAAGCUUUAUCUUUUUUUUUUCUCUCAAUUUCUAUUCUAUUCUAUUUCUAUUCAAUUUUUCAUUUUUAUUACUGAGAACCAGAUGAAUGACACACUGCAUUUUCAAUCAUAUUUCACAGAACUCCACACACUGGACUAGAAGUUUUGGUUCUCCAGAAUACAGACUGAUGCAUUAUAAUGAUGCCUGUUUAAAUUAAUUGGAACAUUUGAGAAUUUUGAGUUUUUUUUUUAUUUUCGAUCAGGGUAAAGGCUAAGCGAAUGAAGCGUGCCACACUUCUGCCUAAUCCAGUUGUCCCACAUUGUGGGAGCCACUGGUGGGUAUGAAGGAGGACGGAGAUUGUGGAAUCACCUUUUGCCUCUGUCUUUUUUGUACUUUAUGUCUUAAAUGUUGGCACUUACCGGGUAGAAGCUCCCCGUAUUUUCUCAGCACUGCCACCUGUUUCUGGAUUGGUGCAGUAGGCCGCAUGGAGUACUGUCCCAACUCCCAGCACAGUUUUGUAUCUGUUCUCUGUCUACUUCAACUACUCUCUUUGUUUAUCAUAUGGCUACUGUUAUCUUGUAUCUACUAACAUUCCAGCCAAUGUAACUGUAAUAAUAUUUUUAUAUUUUAUUUAUAUUUAUAUAUGUAUAUUUCAAGAUUAUGCCACACUUUAGCUGGGUCCUGCAGUGAGCUCUCUCACACACUGUGAAACAGCUGUUUUUUUCCCCCUUAACUCAAGUAAAUGUCCGUGUGCAUGCAUGGGCAUCUACGUUAAUAUGCGUGCACACGGGCACCCCAGCUGGUGGCUGGGAAAGAAAGGCGGUACCAUGCAUUUUUUUGCAUAUGAAGAUGUGAAGUGUAGACUGUAAACUAGAGUUCUCACAUGUGGCGGAAUCGCCGUCCUUAAAUGGACGCUUCUGAGCGUCUGUUAACGUAUGUCAUCCCAGGGGGGUGUGCGAUUUGCUCGUUUUCUGGAAGCUGUGCUGUUUCAUAGGUGCCGGGCAAUUAUGAACACUGAUGUGUAAGUGGAUCUAGGUCUCUUGUCCCUACCACCAUAACUGGGCUUCGUGUACCUGUUUCAGAACCUUAUCAGACCCAUUCCCAUUGUCAAUUUGUGCGUGUGCUUGAGAAUGAAGGUUCCAUGGUUGUAGAAAACUCUCUGGAUUGCAAACUGCAAAGGUAACUGAUGUUUGUUACACUGAAAGUAAAACUAAAAUUGGAACUUAUGGGAACUAAGAUCCUGAAUAUUGAAUCGUUACUUAUAUUAUAAUUAUUUGUUACUUUGGGUGGCCUCUCAGUAUCUAACAGUGAGCCUCCAGAGCUGGUAUGCUAAAUGUGUGAUGGAUGAUCUGUUAUUCCCACUAUAGGCUCUGAGUCACUCUAUCUAUAUUCUGAUAAACAGGUGAAAAUAGAUUACAGGUUGGGAUUGCAGUCUUUAUUUCUGAUUUUUGCAGUGACUGCAAAACAAAAAUACACUACUGGCCAAAACUGUGGAAACGGUAUUUUUGGCAUUACGCUUUAAGAACUACUACACGAAUAUUGCCACUAAUGUUUAUAAAUAAUCAAAGAAUGUUUACAAGUAACAUGCACUGGGUGAUUAAAUGAGUAACUGGAAUACAGUUCUGCAGUCUCUAAAAAUUGGAAGUGUUUCCACAAUUUUGGCUACUAGUGUAAAUAAAUGAACAGAAUUUUCUGAAUCUGUAAAAUAAUCCAAAACAAAUCUAUGAUUAAGGAAAGAAAGCCUCAUACAUAGACCUAUUUAGUACAUUUCAUCGUAGCCACUCCAAACAUGUCAUGCCUGGAACAAGCAUCCCUGUGCUUCUCUGAUCUGCCUGCUCAGUCGGCAUGCCUUCUGUCUCCCUGAUCUAGUCUUUCACUGGCAAACACACAGCAUGCUGAAUGCAGGGCACCACCCAAUAACUUCAGGCGCUAUGCUCACUUCACACUUUUGAAUAAUGCCGUCUAGUUCCAUUUGUGAUUUGUUACUUGCUGAAAAUCAUCUGAUAGGGUGGCACAAUGUCAGUUGUUUUUUUUCUGCUGUAAAAUGUUCGCGGAAAAAGGCCACUGCUAGUAGAACAAUUCCGUUCCUUGUAAUGUUUCCUAAUACUACCACCGUGUUGCUGUAUGUCUCAGGCGAUUUCCCACUGUUACACUGGCCAGAGGAUCCAAGUCAAUGUCCUGCUCAAGUCCUAAAGCCAGCUUUGUAGGAAGUGUUUUGUGGCUAGAUGAUCAGUUCGGUUGACUUUUACAGGACAAAAUGAGGUCAAAGGGCACAUUAGUUUUUAAGAGCAAGACCUGGUGAUCGGAUAGCAGCCGCUAGAAACUCAGGAACAAACUGUGUCUCUGCUACGUUACAUGAAGACUCCAGAAGCGGAUGGAGUGUUGUGUACAGUAGUUUGACUUUGCACAUUAUGGGGAAAAAAACUCUUCGGGAAAAAAAGGCCAUUAUGAGCAGCUUGCACAUUACCUAGACCUAUAAUCUAUUAGUAACAGUUUUGCCUAAGAUGAAAUUCAAUCCAAAAUUAAACCAAGAUCAUUCCCAAGCCCCUGAAAAUGUAUCAUAGCUAUCAAUGCCUUGUUUAAUCAAUCUAUACACCUAAAAGAGCAAAAUACCCAUGCUUUUGUAAAUGUGUAUAAUACUGUGUGUAUUGACUGUAUAUGUUGACUAUGAUAUGACUGUAAACAUAGAAGACUCAUGAAUACACAAUACGAAUAUACGUUAUAAGGUAAUAUUUACAGAGAUGGAUAUGAUCUGUCUCUCCACCUUGUACCUAAGAAAGUAUAUUCCAGCUCAUAUUCAUAUUCACGAUUGUUAAACUGUGUAUAUUUGUUGAGCGUUUGGCUAGGUGUCUCACUGUAAAAAUAUUCUGAGUUUAUUUAAUCAUAUCUCUCAGUGAAAUGUUCAUCCCCCCCAUGCAUUUCUGUUUGUGUUAUGAUUUGAAUGCCAUCAUAGAUAAGGCUAUAUAAAGCAUAUUAAAAACAUAGAAGGCCUUUCUCAAGUAUCCAAUCUAAUUUUUAAGGUUUCUUUACGAUUUAAUGAGCAGGUGCCACCAACUAAAUGAAACUCUGUGAAUAAACAUCUAGAAUUGAAAAAAGAAA